AUGGUCGCGGACUGGGCCCUCCGUGUGGUGCGAGCAUUGCGUGGCGUCAUGCGCAACCACAGCGGCCCCCAAGUGAGCAAGCGGAAGCUGCUCGCCGCAGUUGCCGCGUCCAUUAUCCGCUACGGCGCACCCGUCUGGGCGGAAGCCGUGGACCUGCAGUGGUGCAGGCGGAUUCUGGACCGCGUGCAACGGCCCUUGGCCCAGGGCAUCACGAGCGCCUUCCACUCCACGAGCUGCGAGGUAGCGGUGGUUUUAGCCGGAGAACUGCCCUACCACCUCCUGGUGAAGGAAGACGCCCGCUGCUACAACCGACUGCAGUUAAGCCCGGACAGCAGUCGAGAGGCGAUUCGCCAGGAGGAAAAGGAGUCAUCGCUGCAGCUGUGGCAGCAACAGUGGGACGACGAGGCGGCGAAUAACACCAGCCGUUACUUACGUUGGGCCCACCGACAAGUGCCAGACGUGCGCCUGUGGACGGGACGGAAGCACGGAGAGGUAGAUUUCUACCUCUCGCAGGUAUUGAGUGGACACGCCUUCGUCCACGAAUUCCUGCACGUGUUCGGGUUCGCUCCGUCCCCGGACUGUCCCAGGUGCGCAGGGUCGGUCGAGUCGGUGGCCCACGUACUCUUCGAGUGUCCCCGCUUCGCAGAUGUUCGGGUGGAGUUACUGCACGGCGUCGACGAGGACAACCUCGGCAGUCGUCUGCUGGAGAGCGCGGAGUCGUGGGACCGCAUCCAGCAAGCGGCUCGGCGGAUCCUCUCCGUGCUGCAGGAGGACUGGCGGCAGGAGCAGCUUACCUUGGCAGUCGCUGAGGCUGCUCAGCCAGAUCCAGCAGCCAGCCCGCCCGAGGACAUGGCGGAGGCAGAGCGGAGAUUGCUGAGGCGACGAGAGGUGCGCAACCGCAGCGCCCGGCGAAUGCGGCAGCGGCGUCGGCAGGAGCGGCUCGGCGAGAACGAGGUCGUUCCGGCAAUCAUGGCACGCGCAGCGGCCAACGACGCAGCGGCAAAUGACGCAGUGGAGCCGACAGGGGAGGUCGAGGAGGAGGAGGCCAGCCGUCCAGCGCCAACAAUCCCCCCGCGCAGCCGGGGAUUGCCUCCCUCCCCACGUACGUUGGAGAUGCGGCGACUUCGUCGGAACCACGUGCAACAACUGUACCGGAGAAGGCGUCGGGACGGAGAGCUGGGAGACGUUCCGCAGGGUCGCCAGCGACGCGGAAGAGCCCCACCUUCGGCGGCGGAGAUUGAGCAGCGUCGCAUCAACAGGCGGAAUAGGGAGAGGCAACGGCGGCUGGAGCAACGGCAAGCGGAGGCGGAGAAGGCCGAAAAGGCCGAACUGCUAAAGACGGUGGCAAGUCUCCAGGCAACAGUGGAGGGCCUGCAAAAGCAGCUGGCGGACGCUCUGCAGGCCAGGUUAUCCGCAGAAGCGGAAGCAAAAAAGGAGCGCGAUGCCAUGCUGGCUGAGAUCCGGGACCUGGGGCAGCAACUGCGCCAGGAGCUCUCCUAG